AUGCCUGACGUCAAGCGCACCGUCCGUCUUGUUACGGAACAGCAUAUCAUGUAUGUCAACCUACCUAUCCUUCCCAUCCUGUGCAGCGCUAGCUACAAUGGCUAUCGCGAAUCUCCGUUUCGCCCCGCUCCCCAUGGCAACAUCACCGUGCGUGAUAAGCCGUCCGAGGUUGAGGGUUUUCCUCAGCGUUCCUGGUCGAUUGAGGUCUACCUUGUCAAUGACAAGGGUGACCAGAUCCCUGCCAACCUGUUCGACAAAGUCAUUUACCACCUCCACCCUAGCUUCGGUGACCGUGCUACCCAGACCUUCAAGAACCCCCCUUUCCGCAUCUCGGAAGAAGGAUGGGGUGAGUUCGAUAUGCAAAUUGAGUUUGUCGCUGACAAGUCCCACUUCAUCAACCAUGACUUGAACUUCCGUGAGGAGCGCUAUGAAUCAAAGCACAUUAUCUCUUUCAAGAACCCCAAGCCCGCUUUCAUGGCUGCUCUGCGCGAGUCAGGCCCUACCCCCGGUGACGAGAAUGGCAUAAAGAAGCGUGGUGGUACUGGUGAAGAGAGUGCCAAGAAGAAGAAGCGCACUGAGAAGAAUGUCGAUAUGGACAAGCUCGCCGAUGGUCUCCAGAAGCUGGGUGAGGACGAUCUCUUGCAGGUUGUGCAGCUCGUUCAUGAUCACAAGACCCCGGAUUCUUACACCAAGAAUGAUGUUGAAUCUGGUGAAUUUCACGUUGAUCUUUACACUCUCCCCGACAAUCUCAUCAAGAUGCUCUGGGAGUUCGCUGCCGAGCGUGGUGCUCUCUAA